AACAUCCCCGGCUUCAACUUUAUGUUUCAAUUGGAAAUAUAUCAACUAGUGCUGCACGAUUAAUCACAUCGCAAUCGCAAUCGCGAUGUCAGCCUAUGCGAUUACAUGACGGCAAAAAUUGCGAUUAUAUUAAAGAAACAAGUGCAUUCGUGGACGUGACAAUACAUCCAUUCGAAGUGAUGUAUGCCCAUUUUCUAUGCGAGAAAAAAAACGAGUUGUCUUGUGUGGCGGUGGCGCGUGUGCUUGGUCACGUGACUUGCGGGGCGCCGUGUGGAGACGGGAGAAAAUGGAUACGGAGCAGGCCGACACUGAACUAGUGCCCAGAAAAAAUGCUACCUCUGUUAUUUGGCAAUAUUUUGGCUUCAGGAUAUCAGACACUGAGCAGAGAGAGGUACUGUGCAGAAUUUGCAAAACUAAAGUUGCUACAUCUCGUGGCAACACGACAAAUUUAUAUCAGCACCUGAAACAACACAGAGAAAAGUAUGAUGAAUGCAUGACGGUAAAAGCCAAGAGUAGUAAAGAGACCGAACAAAACAAAGCACAACCUGCGAGCAGAACAAAACAACACAUAAUUACAGAUGUGUUUGCGAGUGUCACGCCAUAUGACAAGACAUCGCAAAGAUAUAAAGAAAUCACUGACUCCAUCACGCACUGCUUGGCAAAAGACAUGAUGCCCAUAUACACCGUUAGCAAAGAGGGAUUUCAGAAAAUGAUUCGCACAUUGGACAAGAGAUACCAGCUGCCCUCGCGAAACUAUUUCUCUCAAGUUGCAAUACCUGAGCUUUACAAUAAGUGCCGUAGCGAGGUUCAACUAGAAAUAUCUACGGUGAAAUUCUUUUCAACCACUACGGACCUUUGGUCAAGCAGGACGACGGAGCCAUAUAUUAGCCUAACUGUACACUUUGUCGACGAGGAGUUUGAACUGAAAAGCCGUUGCCUGCAAACAUCCUAUUUCCCUGACGACCACACGGGAGAGAACAUAGCCGCGGGUUUGAGAGAGGCACUGGCUGCAUGGGACCUCUGUGAGAAUGCUCAGGUCGCUGUCACUACAGACAACGGCAGUAACAUCGUCAAAGCGGUGGCGCUUAAUCACUGGAUUAGGUUCCAGUGCUUUGGGCAUAGACUUCAUCUGGCCAUCGAAAAUGCGCUGAAAGAUAAUGCACAAUGCAUUAGCAGGGCUACUGGGAUAUGUAGAAAGAUUGUGGGCCACUUCUCCCAUAGCUGGAAGAAAAGAGUGGCCUUGAAGGAAGCCCAAAGAGAACUCAACCUCCCAGAGCAUGCCAUGGUGACAGACUGCUCAACGCGAUGGGGUUCCACUCAGAAGAUGAUAGCUAGAGUCCUGGAGCAGCAAAAUGCCUUGUCCAAGGUUCUCUCUGCAGACCGCAAAGUGCGACACCUACUGCCCACAUGGCAGGACCUGGAGGUCCUGGAAUCUGUGAACAAGGCACUCAGCCCACUCCAGGACUUCACGGAUGCCCUGUCAGGUGAACGAUAUGUAAGCAUAUCUUGUGUGAAACCUACUCUGCAUCUUCUGAACACCUCAGUGCUAGCUGAAGAGGAAGAGGACACUAACCUGACCAAAUCACUGAAAUCAAAAAUUCUGGCCUACCUCAACAAGAAAUAUGAAGACAGUGACACACAGGACCUGCUAAACAUGUCUUCGUUCCUAGACCCAAGGUUUCGAACACAAUACAUCGCUGCAGAGGAGACCCAGACCUUAAAGGAACGAGUAAUCUCGGAGUUGAUAGACAUUCACCAGCAGCAGCCUGUAGCCCAAAGUACUGCAGCGAUGGAGGAUAGCCUGGAACUGGAUGUAGAAAGUCCACCUGCUGCUAAAUCCAGGAAAAAAAACCUGGCCAGUUUCUUUAAGAAAACCACAAGCACAACAUCAACAGCAUCAUUUGAUCCCAUGGUGCUGUUUAGAGAAGCAGUAGCUGCUGAACUUAAUGCUUACAUUUACAUGCCAUGUGUUGUAGACCAUGAAGAAGAUCCACUGAAAUGGUGGAAGAGUUACAAAAUAAACUUCCCUAGGCUAUGCAAACUAGCACAGAAAUAUCUGUGCACACAAGCAACAAGCUCUGCAUCAGAGAGAGCUUUUAGCACUAGUGGUAAUGUUGUAUCGAAUCAUCGCUCCUGUCUGAAACCAGACAAGGUAGAUAUGCUUGUUUUUUUGGCAAAGAACCUCUCAAGCACUAAAUAGAAUGUUUUAGAACGAGGAUUUGAAUGUACAACCAGUUGGUCAUUUAAAGUAACAACAAAGAUUAUAGAGGUUUAAGUUUUGAACCACACUUUUAUAUCCAGUUUCUUUUUUCAAAAGAGUUUAUACAAGUAUGUGUUACAUCCUGCUUAAAUGUCCGUUUGUUGGGAUUAUUUUCCUAAAAAUCUGUAUAUCCGUAUUUAUGUUCUAUUUGUUUUAUUUACCUGUACUGUUGAGAAAAUAUAUUUUUAAGUUAAUUUAUUCAGCAAUGCAAAGAUGUUACUGUUAUUUAAUUUGAUAACAUUUUAUUUUAAUUUGAAAACUUUGUGCAUUUCUAGUUCUUGUUGCUAGUUUGUACUGUAUAUCUCAGUUGAGAAAUACAAAUUUCAGCAUUUUCAGUUAUCUGUGUGCAUUUUCCUUGAUAACAACCAAGUUGACUCUUUACACCCAGUUUAUCGUAUCGCAAUCGCACAUCGCAAUUUUUACCUCAAUAAUCGCAAUGUGACAUUUUCCUCAAAUCGUG